AUGAAAAUAAAACGUGUAUUGCGUACAACUAAAGCACGUCGUAAUCAAAUAUCUUCUGCGCCAUCAAGUUCAGCCCCACAGCAGCAGCAACAGCAGCAACAGCAAGAGAGUGUUAUUUUACCACAGUUUCUUGAUGGGCCUGACGUUACCGAAGAGCAAAAACAACUUAUUUUAAAGCGUGUUCUCGAAGUUAGAUCAAAGUAUAACGCAUUUGUGGAAAAAGACGUUUGUCAAAAGGUCAAAACAAUUUUAUUCGCUUCGGAUUUGACAGAAGAUGAAGCACGAUUGGCUCUAUCUAUUUGUAACGAUAAUGAACAAGAUGUACUUAAUAGACUUUCAGGAAAGGGUGCACAAAAAUUUCGUAAUAUGUUAAAACCAGCAUCUCGAGAUACUGCGGAAUGUAUUGAAAGCGGCUCCGAAGAUGAAAAUUUGGAUCCUGUAGAUCCGCUCGAAAGCAUCACUUUCCCCUAUCGUCUUCCAUCUACACCAACUACUAUUAUCAGUCUUGGUAGUUAUCACAAGUCGACGGCUGCUUGGUGGUCAAAUCCAGGAUCGUUAUAUCAUCACCCAAUUCCAAUUAAUUAUAAAGCCAUGCGUGUUGAAAAAAAUAGGUCCUUCAUUAUGUCAAUUGAUGAAGAUCCAGAAACCGGGAAUCCACGUUUCAUUGUAACAGACCAAACAACUAAUGCUACUUUUGUAGGAAAUACUCCCACAAAACCAUGGACAACGAUUUGUAUUUCUUACAAAGGUUCAAGAACGACGCGUAUUUCAGGGCCAUUGUACUUUGGAUUCUCUGAUCCUACUUUACAGCGAUUAUUAACAAAGAUGGUUCAAGAAAGUGACAUAAAUGAAUACUAUUAUCGAUUUGUUGGAGACGGGGAAUCAUUUUGUGCAGAUAAAGACUGGAAAGAUGAAGAAAGGCAACUAUUAUUAUCAGAGAUUAGCCGACGUUGUGAUAGUAUUUCUGCUGGUGAUAAUAUGGAAGAAGCUAAAAAUUUUCCAUUUGGGCUAGUCUCACGUAAUAUUCCAAAUAGAACAGGAUUUCAAUGUCAAUUUGAAUACAAUAGAUUAGUUAUGAUUGGUCAAAUUUCCGAAUUUGAUGGUUGUCCGGUGCAACCAUUGCGUGUAAAUUACGAUAAGCUUGUUAAGUCCCUAGCUUCUAAUGGCCAAAUGAAACGUGCGAGGAAAUUUUCAGGACAAAAUCAGGUUGAUUCCUGGAUUAAAAAACCCAUUGGCGGUCCUAAUCCAUGGAAUCCGUUACCGGAUAUGAAAGAUGCAAUUACUUUGGAACCAAUGAACGAACCGGCUAUUUCUCCUGAUGGGUAUGUGUGUGACUAUCAGACAUGGACUAGAAUUCUAAGAUCACCCGAGUCAAAAGAUACAUGCCCGUUCACCAAGAAAUCAUUAUCUCGUCGUCAAUUGGUCAAAUUAACAUUCGAUAAUAUUGCCGAAUAUGUGGAUAAAAUACGUGAAUCUUAA